CAAUGCACACGCCCGGCGUUGUGCAGCACCUCUGUAGCUAUAUAACUGACUGCAAGCGCCAGCAGACUUCAUUCAGUUCUAUCUCAAUUCAUUCUGUUCGAGUGUCGAGUGCUGUAGAGAUGCCUGACUUCUGUGACUGUUGCAAAGGAGACCAGUGUGGAUGCGGCGACUGUAAGUGUGCCGUCGACUGUGGAUGUCGUGGAAAGUGCUGUCCGGUGUGUCAGUGCAACGAUUCUUGUCCUGGCAAAGCAAACUGUGGCUGCGGUGACUCUUGUGCGUGUCGAGAAGGUUGCUGUUCGUAACGUACAGUAGCAGCAGCAGUAGACUUAUGACCUAGAGCUAGUGUACAGUUGCAUUUUUAGUUUUGAACUUGUUGACACUAGACGCGUACAUGUAAUCCAUAUUCUAGACAUACACAGUUCUGUACAUACGCUACCUAUGGAGUAGGAAAAAAUAUGAAAUUUUCGUUGUUUUGAA